UUGAAAAUUUCCAAGACUUUGCUCUCGAAUUAUAUCAUUAAUUGGAAACUGGCGUUGGGGCAUUACUCUUAGAGAGGCCUGUAGCCAAAUAUUGAAGGAAGGAAGGAAGGUUAUUAAAUGGAAAGCACCCAAUAGAAAACAUCCUUUAAGUGCAGUCAGUGUAACUUGGUGCAGUUGUAAAAAUGGGAUCUGCGAAUUUGCAUGUCUACAGCUACCGCAUUGAACAGAUUAAGUGUGUUUGGAUGCAAAUGUAUGAAAUAGUAUGAAAUGAUUGUUCAGGUUAAAAAUGGAUAAGACUGAUUCUCGUGAACAACAUCUGAAAGAGUUGCAAAAUUUCACCGAUGCAGUUAAUAAACAAAUUGUCGAUAUCGUUGAUACAUUAGGUUGGACAGUAGAGAGCGUGACAAAUGUGAACAAGGAGUAUUUUACAUGUCCAUAUAAUUCAUCGCACCGGUUAAUAAAAAAAUCCCUCAAUGACCAUCUUAUAUCCUGUCAGUGGAAAACCGCAGGUUAUGGAGAGUCAGACUUACCAUUAUCUAUACAAACAUUGCCAGUGGAUUCACCGUUUUCCAUACAGUUUGAUGGACAAUUGCAAGAUGAAGUUCUAAGGAAGGCCAAAGAACAAGAUCCUACAAUAGAAAUCGGUACGGGUGAGCGGUUAAUGCCGCAUACGUCUGAUAGGCUUCUGACAGAUUACACCAGAGAUGAGAGGAGAAUACUUUAUGACUAUGCCAUUGCUAAUACAACAAAGCCAGAUAUUGGACAAGACAUUGCAGACAUUAACAACAUAAAAUCACAAGAAAAAGAAGAUAAGCAAUUAUCUUUCUUAGAGGUGUUAGUACAAGAGCGUAACUUAAAAAGACGUAGAGCUAAACACAAAGGUGUUCAUACAAACAAAAAGUCUCACGUCGAAAUACUCAGAGAGGUGAUAAAUCAGCAAAUGGAGAUGUACACAGAAUAUCUUUCUGAACAAGCUAAUCCUGCAGAUACAACGGACAUCCAGAGUACUAAAGUGGAUGAUUCGAAUUAUAAAACGACACAAGAUAGAACAGAUUAUUUAUAUAAGGUAUUUCAUAAUUCUUCGCAAAGCUGUACUGAUCCUAAUUCUAGCGAGAGAAAUGGUCACCGCUAUGACCAGAGAAAUGAUUCAAAGAGAAAGCAUUCGGAGAAGAAGAGUUAUCGUCGAUCGAGGGAACAAGACAGAGAGGAAAAAUACGCAGAUGAGUACAGAGAAACGCAUAGGAAGCAUAAGUAUAAUGAACAUAAAGAUUCGUCCCAUUCGAGAGAGAGAAAGUCACAUAAGAAAGAUAAACAUCGAAGCAAAGACAAGCACAGAGAUAAAGAAGGCAGUAAAAGAAAACAUAAAUCUAGAGAUCGUGAGAGAUCAUCUGAAAAACAUCAUAGGAAACAUGAGGAUUAUAGAAGACGAGAGAAGAAUAAAAGAAAAGAAUAAAAGAUAUUAAUUGUACACAAGAAUGAACACAUCCUUUCUUUAUACACAAACCCGUAAAUUGAACGCAAAAAUAAAAUAGUAACUAGAAUUCAUUCAACAUCUAACACAUGUGUUAUUGUGAAUAAUUUACUAAUAGUUAUAAUUCGAAAAUAAAUCCAGCAUGUAUAAUUUCAUAUUUUAUUUUGGUCAAUUCUAUUAACACUAUAACAAAUAUUACGACUUGGGUUAUUACGAAAAAUAACUGUACGGAUAAUUGUAAAAAGCACGAAAAUAUGUGAUCUUUUCUAUGUAAUCAAAAUAAAACGCCCUAUUUUCUAA